AUGAGAAGUACAUCUUUUACGUUUCUUGUAUAUUUAGGUUGCAUUUUGGUAGCCGCUCUAGAAAAUGCAAUAUCGAACAUAAAUAAACAAGAACUUCAAGUGAUAGAGUUAUUUGAAAAUGAAAAAUUAUUAGGAUCGGAAAAGAUAAGAGGCUCUAAAGGCAUUUGGAAUCCUAGAAUUAAUAAGGAUUCUUAUAUGGAUUACUUUGAAAAUCAUCCGGGAGUUGAUUAUUUUAGAAAAGAUGAUUAUGAGAAUUUUUUUCCUGAAGGCUAUCCUCAAGAUAAUCAAUGGGUUGAGGAAAUUACCCAGAAAAGGGCAGUGACGGCACAGCUGGUUAAGAGACAAGCACCAGGACAAGCAGCAGGAAAUGAUGAGAUUAAGGAGGAACAGGUUUUGGGUUUAAUUGUGAAGAACGAAUAUAAAAAUGAUGAUAAUUGCAAGAAAAAGCUCAAAGAAUAUUGUGAGGAAUUGGAGAAAAUAGAUGGAAAAUUAGAGAAUGUGGAUUCUAAAGUUAAGGGACUUUGUAAUGAUAAAGAAAAAAAAUGUCAAGAUCUGAAACAGAAGAUUCAAAACGAAUUGAAUAAUUUUAAAACAGAACUUGAAAAUGCAUUGAAAAACCUAACAGAUGAAAAAUGUAGAAAAUGUGAAGAAAAAUGUGUAUUAUUAGAAGAAGCAGAUCCAACUAAUCUUAAAGACAACUGCGUUAAGUUGAGAGAUAGAUGUUAUAAACAGAGGCGUCAUGGAGUAGCAAAAGAAAUUCUUUUAAGAGCUCUUAACGGGAAAGUUACUGAUAUAAAUGAAUGCGAAGGAAAAAUAAAAGGAGUUUGUCAAGAAUUAAGUGGAUAUAGUGAUGAAUUAAUGUUUUCAUGUUUUAAUGCAUAUACGACAUGUGAAUACCUUGGAGGGAAUCAUACAGAUAAUUGUAAACCUUUAGAGACGGAACUUAAAGAUAAUGAAUUAAUGGAAAAAUGCCAAGAAUAUCUUAAAAAGUGUUAUUUUUAUGGAUCAAGUUGUAAGAAUGCAAAAUGUGAUAAUAUUGAAAAGAAAUGUGAGGAAAAAGGGAUUCGAUACAGAAGUCCAAAAUUAGAUUUUAGUCCAAUUCUACAUAAACCAAAAUUGAUGGAAAGGAUUGAAAUGGAAAAUCUUUAUAAAGAAGAGGAAGCUAAGGGAAUUAUUAUUGGAAGACCAAAAGAAAAAAGCUUUGAAACUGUACUGUUAUUGUUGAGUGAAGGAAAAAACAAUAAACUAGAAGAAAAAUGCAAAAAUGUCAUAGGAAAUUGUGAAGCAUUUAAAUAUCUAGAUAUUAUGUUGGAAAAUUCAUGCAGAGAAGCAAGUAAAAAAAAAGAAGAAAAAUGCAAAGAAAUACCAAAUGUAAAAAAAAAAUGUCUAAAUUUUAAAAUAAAGUUAUAUACAAAAGGUAUGUCUACGGAAUUUGAAGAAAAUAAAGAUUCAGGACUUUUUUCAUGGAGAGAACUUCAAAAAUCGCUUAGUAGGGAAGAUUGUAUAGAACUUGAGUCAGAAUGUUUUUAUUUAGAAAAUGUAUGUACGAAUAAAAUUGAGAACGCAUGUAAAAACGUAAGAGCAACAUGUUAUAAAAAGGGACAAGAUAGAGCGUUGGGUAAAUACUUUGAAAGUGGAUUAAAAAAUCUUAGAUAUUUAAAUUUUACUGGUAAAAAGUCUGAAUGUCAAAAAUUAGUAAGAGAUAAAUGUAAAAAAGUUAAUGGGGAUAGAAAAUACAUGAAAAAGUGUCUUCACCCAGAAGAACUAUGUUUAGAACUUUUAGAUGAUAUUUCUGUUCAGUCAAAAGAAUUAGGAGAAACUUUGGAUAAUGUACGAGACUUACCAGGAAAAAAGGAUUGUGUGGAACUAAAGAAGAGGUGUGAUUAUCUUAGAAACAAUUCACGUUUAAGUGAUAAGAAAUGUGCUACAUUGGAUAGACAGUGUAGAUAUUUAGGAGUUAUGGAAGAAAUGAGAAAAAGAUUUUUAAAAAGAAAAGAUGAUUCAUUAAAAACUUCGAAAAAUUGUAUAGAUGCGUUGAAGGAAGAAUGUAAGGGAUUGUCUAAAGAGGAAAAAAAUCCAUUUAGUAUUUUAUGUGCUUUACCAGAAGAAACAUGUGAAUUUAUGAUAGCAAAAACGAAUAUUGAAUGUUUUACUUUUAAAGAUAGGACGGAAAAUAUUCUGAAAAAUAAUAAUAAAAAUAAGAAUUUGGUUAAGAGACUUUGUCUAUCGUGGUCUUUAUAUUCUGAUGAAUAUAUGGAAAUUUGUUCAAAAAUCUUGGAGGAAAAGACAAAUGGUAAGGAAUCCCUUCAAGAACUGAAAAAGAACUGUGAUCCAUUCUGGAAGGAGUUGGAAUUGGAGAAGGACUUGAUGCAUGAAUUGAAAGGUAAUUUAGGUAAAGAUGAUGAAUGUAAAGAAGCAUUGAAAAAGCAUUGUACUGAGCAGAAAAAUCAGACGAAUCAGAAAUUCAAUAGUUUUUGUAAUACUGAUAAAGAUAAUGGUGUUGAGGAAAAAGUUUGCAAAAAGUUGGUUGAAGAAGUAAAAAGAAAAUGUCCAACCUUAAAAAAUGAACUGGUUAAAGAGAAAGAUGAAUUAAAGGAAAAGAAAGAUGAAUACGAAAAGGUGAAACAGGAAUCAGAAAAAUUUGCAAAGGAAGCUAAGUUACUAUUAUCAAGACUUGAACAAGAUGGACAAGGUGGAGGAUCAAAGGUGCAGGAUAACAGUGCUCCUAAACCAGUGGACCCAGCAGCACCAGUAGCACCAGUAGCACCAGUAGCACCAGUAGCACCAGGAACACCAGGAGGAACACCAGGAGCACCAUCAACACCAGGAACACCAGGAGCACCAUCAACACCAGGAGCACCAGGAGCACCAUCAACACCAUCAACACCACCAGCACCAGCAGGGCCAGCAGGGCCAUCAGGAGGAACACCAGCAGGGCCACCAGCAGGGCCACCAGCAGGGCCACCAGCACCAGGGGGAUCAACACCAAGUGGAACGACAAACACGAGUAAUGUUAUACUUGUUCGGAGAACAUUUGUAAGUGGAGAAGUAUCAGAAGCAGAAAAAAAGGCAUUUGUUGCAACGGCGAGAGCAUUAGAAUUGUAUUUAGGAUUGAAAGAGAAAUGUAAAACUUUGAAAGGAGACUGCGGGUAUAGAAAGGAUUGCCCGGAUUGUGAUACGGUCUGUAAAGAAAUAGACAAGUUGUGUGAAGAAAUAGAAGGAUUAAAAAUUAUAUCGCAUCCUACGGCGACAUUAACGACAAUACAGGCAACGACAAAGACAGCAACGACAACGACGACAACGACAAUGACGACAACGGCGACGACGACGGCAACGGCGACGGAGACAACGGCGACAACGACGACAGAGUCGAUAGAUGGAGAGAAGGUAACAGAACAAUGUACAUUAGUUCGGACGACAGAUACAUGGGUGACGAGUACAUCGUUGCAUACGAGUACGAUGACAAGUACAUCUACAGUGACAUCUACAGUGACAUUGACGUCGAUGCGAAAAUGCAAACCUACGAGAUGUACAAGUGAUUCAAGUAAAGAAACAGAAACACAAAAAGAGGAAAAGGAAGAGGAAGAAGUGAAAUCAAAUGAGGGGAUGAAAAUGAGAGUUCCAGAGAUAGUAAAAAUAAUAUUAUUGGGAGUGAUGGUUAUAGGAAUGUUAUAA